AUGUCAUUGCCUGUAGAGAAAAUUCAACCUCAACUUACAGAAAUAUCUGUAUUAUCUUCUGGAAACUUAGAAACACCAGAGAAACCAAUGCAAACAGAAACAAUAGAAUUAGAACAACAAAGUACAGAAGAUGAAUGCUGCAUAAAAGAAACAAUAAAAUUAACUGAUAUUCUAACAGAAUAUGAAGUAACUAAACCAUCAUCAGGUAAAACUCCAGUUAGACCUUCAAGAACAAAAGAAUUAAAUGCACCUUUAACAAGUGUUCCAAAAACGGCACAAUCAGACUCAGCAGACCAAGAAAAAGUAGCUAAGAAACCCAUACAAAAAUCAAUAUCAGAAGGAAAACCUAUAGAAACAACUGAUGGUGAUGGUACUGAAAAAAAAGUAGCAAAAAAGAUAAUGAAAAAGGUUACAAGGAAAACAAAAACAAAAUCAGAGGAAGGAUUGGAAGAUGGUGCAACAGACAGUAGUUCUUCCAGUAAACAAAAAAAAUCUGUAAAAGUGGUUAAAAAAGGUGUGAAAGCAUUGCAAACUCCUGUUACUGAUACUGCUGUUUCUGAAACCCCAUCAUCUAGUACUUCUGAUGCACCAAUUCCACCUAAGAGAAAAACAAAAACCACAACUGCAAAAUUAAUUAAAAAAUCUGAUAUAGAACAGUAGUUAUAUUACGAAAGUUGACAAUAAUUAUUUAAAUACUCUACAUGAAAGUUGAAAAACUGAAAAUUAUAAAAAGGAUAAAAGGUGAUACUUACUAGUCUUUCCUAAUUUUUUAUAUUUUUAAUAUAUUUCAAACCGUAU